UUUGUGUGAUAUUUUUGACUGUCGCUAAUUGGAUUGAUAGAUAUUUGAAAAAUUAUCAUAUAAUAUAAAAUAAGUGAUAAAAUCGUUGGAAUAAAUCUUGGAAAUGAAAUAUUUUUAAACGUAUUUAUUGCGUUUUCUAUUUGGAUCUUUUAUAUUAUCCUAGAAUAUUUUCUUAAUUGCAAAAUGUUGGGUUUAGGUAACAAAUCGAACUUUACAAUUGACGAUGCGUUUGAAGCAGAUGACGAUGACGUGCUUAAAACAUACGGAAGUACCACUGAAAGUACGCCUUUGAAACCUAUUCGAAAUUUUCGUCAAGAUAGUUCAAAUUGCGCUGUGCGGAUUGAUGAUCCAUCUACUGAUCGAAGUCGAUUUGGAAAGCUAAAACUAACUGGAGAUAGUUUUUCAAAGGAUAGUGAUUCAUUAAUACAUGGUGAUAGCAUCCAUGCUGAGAAAUUUGAUUCUAAAGCAAUUUGGUGGAAGCAUCCAAAGGUCCGAGAGAACUGGAAAGUGAUGUGUGCAGCAUUUGGAUUGCUUAUCAUAGGAAUAGGUUUACUGAUUACAGGCAUUAUUGUACUAAUCAUGCCAGAAAUGGGAGUUCAGAGUUUUGUAUUUUUUAUUGCUGGUGCUAUUUGCUUUAUACCUGGAGCUUACCAUGUGGUUUAUGUGUACUGUGCUGUUAAAGGCAGGCAAGGUUAUAACUUCUAUAAUCUUCCUCUGUUCAACUGAACACUUUAGACUACACUUUUUGUACAGGAUCAUUUAUAGAUCUGUAAGAAUAUGUAUGAAAUAAUGCUAAAAUUAAUUCUUUAUUUCUGAAGGGGGAGAUAUUUACUUAAAAAUUUUUUUUGAAUAGAUCAUUUUAUGUUGACCAUAGCACAGAAAUAUGCUUUUAGUUGUGGGUACCUGAAUUUUAACUUAAAAACAUCAGGGAGAAAAACUGUUUUGUAAAAUCAGUACUGUGACUUUUCACUUUUUAAGUGCCAUGGGCUGCCUUACUGUUUGCAUACUUCAUAAAUGUGUAUGUGUAUGAUAUUGAUUGUUUGCUGUUGUAUGUUCCAUUGUCCUAUAUAUAUAUAUAUAUAUUGUUAAUAUUUUGCCAACAAUUUAAAUGUGAAAAGGCUGAGCUUCAUCUUAUUCCUGUUCUAAUUUUAUAUAGAAUAAAAUAUAUUGUUAUGAAGUAUUUCAGUCAUUUGAGAAAAGAACUUAAUGAUGUGAAGAAAAGUAUAUUUGGGUUCAUGUUUUUGAUAAAAGUUUUAAUGCAAAACUCAAGUGCAUGAAACAUACCAAAGUUUUUUUCACUCCUGAAAUGAAAAGACAUUCUCUUGAAAGCCGGAUUUGUUUGAAUACUUUUGUUGAAUGAAAUAGCUGUAAGUUAACAAUAAAUUUCUCUCUCUAUUUGAUUUUGAGUUUUCAUGAAUAUUUAUAAAAUCUAAGAUAACAAGUUUAUCAAACUUCAUUAAUCUUUUACAUUUUCAAAUUUUUUUAAAAUUUUGUUUGUACAUGAUUUAAUUUUCUUAAUAAUUGCUUGGGGUCUCAUUGUAUUAAUUUUUUUAAUUGAUAUUUUUCAUGUGUAUAGAAAUGUUUGUGAAUAAUAACUGAUUAAUUGUUAUUACUAAGAGUGAUGUUCAAAUGAAUUUUGUUUAUCUUGAAUUAAAUCCCAGAAGUUUAUUUAAUACAUGGAUUAAAAUUCUGUUUGUUAAUGAAAAGGUGAUGAAACCUGGAUUUUGUUCAGUGCAGUAUUUCUUUUCAUGUCUUCAGUUACAGGAAAGAACAUAAUCAGUUGUAAAGAGCAUUUUUGAAACUCUAAGAAACUUAAAGCUCCUUUUGAAACUUUUGUAAGAUUCAUAAACAUUUAAAACUUAUUGUAAGUUUUAAAAAAAUCAAUCUUUGAUAAUCUGAAUAUAUAUUAUGUAAGCAUAGAAACAAUGAGUUUAUAACUUUGCAGGUAUGCAUUAACAUAUAUGUAUUUAGUUUAAAUCUGUUGAUCAUUGUGUAACUUUGAUUUUUAUUUUUAUCAUUGCCUAAUGAAUGUUAACAGGAAACAAAUGAAGUUCAGCCUGGGAAGCAUAUGUGAUAUUUUAUAAAGGCUAAUUAUUUGAACAAAUUCCGUAACUUUUUUCCAUUGCUGCUUUUGGUAAUUUGUAACUAGUGUUAUAUUUUAUUGCAUUCUUUCAGUUAGGUUCUGAGAAAUUAAUUUUUUUUUAACUGCUGUUUGUUCUUUGCUUCCGUGUAUUGAUCUGAAUUUUUAUCAUCAUUUUUCAUUUUCAUAGAACAAUGUUUAAGUUAUUUCUCAUAAUGUGUGAAAACCAUAUGUAGAACUUGGGCAGACUUAGCAAAACAUUAAAAUGUGUGAAGAAUGAAUUUUUAAGUAGCUCGUUUUAGGGAAAUUAUUCACUUUUAUUCUUUUCCAUUCAUGUCUUUUUCUGUGCUGUUGAUACCAAAGAAAGUUAAACGUUUGUUUUAUUAAAUUUAUGUGAUUUUAUUUUUAAAUUUAAAUAGGCAGCUAUUUCAAUAAAAUGUGAGGAAUUUUAUUUUGUUGACAUGAUUGUAUUAAUUGUGGCAAAAAGUUUCAGCUGGUAUGAUAUUGUAAAAUAUCCAAAAUGCUUCAAAACCAAGAGAAUUUUUAAAAAUAAAUAAUGAAACAAAAAUCCAUAAUGCGUUACGGUUCCAUUUUAACCAAUUAAAUUGCAUUCUACAAUUAAUAUUGAAUACUAAUACAAAAUGGUAGAUUUUAAGAAAAUUUGAAUUUUUAAGUGUAAGUAGUUUAGUACAAACUGUAAAAUAAGAAAUUAUUAUUAUUUUUUUUUUAUAUGAUACAUGCCAGUAUAACAAUAAAAUUUUCUAUUUGUUGACUUGUUCAGGAGAGGAGACUUCCUUACAUAAGGCUUUUUUUUUUUUUUUUUUU